AUGAAGACGCUUUGCAUGCUCGUUUCGCUGGUGAUUGCAUCUGCGACGUGGGAACAGUUGGUUGCAUCCAAUAUCCCUGUUGCCCGACGGGGGCAUGUAGCGGUUUGGGAUGCAGUGGGAAACCAAAUGCUAGUACAUGGUGGAGAAAGCGGUCGACGCAGGACCACUCGCCGCAACGAGCUUUAUUCACUGGAUCCAGUGCAGGGGACCUGGACCGAGCUGUCCGCCAGUGGAAAUUUCGUCGAGGAGCACACCGCAGCAUGGGAUGCUGCGAGCCGGACCAUGUACAUUCACGGUGGGUCCUCCAGUUUUGUCUAUGACGAUUUGGAUGGGUAUGCCGUGGGCAGUGGCUGGACAGCAUACCAAGACGGUUAUGCACGGAGGUUCGCAACGGCUGUGUGGAAUUCGGAGGACGCAGAACUUCUGGUGUAUGGAGGAUGGACUUCUUCGUCAAGAACGGACACGUUGCUCGUCUACAGCUCUGGCACGAACUCAUGGACGUCAACGAGCGGUGUUGCGGCAGGUCUCCGAUCCAGCCAUAUGGCCGUGUGGGAUGCGAGCACCAAAGUGAUGUUGGUUUUCGGCGGGUACGAUGGCUCAAAUGUGCUGUCGGACUUGUGGGGAUAUGCUCGUGAAGGAGAUUCGUGGAGUGAGCUUUUCCCAAGCGGCAGCUUGCCCGUUCGGCGGCACUCUGCUACAGCUGUGUGGGAUCAGCCGUCAAGGUUGAUGUUUGUUUUUGGCGGCAUGUCCGGCACUAGCUCAGGGUACCUUGAUGAUCUCUGCUCCUACGACGCGGCCUCCGAUGCAUGGAGUUUGCUGGACACUGCUGGCCCGACUCGGGCCUGGCACGCGGCGGUCUGGGCCGACGGUCAGAUGAUCGUCUAUGGUGGCCAUGAUGGGACGAGCUUUCUGGGCGACGUUUGGAUUUAUCAUCACAGUACCGUCACCACAACAUCCGCGUCCACAACCAGCACAAUCACCUCCACCACAACAACCGGUACCUCUACAACCACCAUUACUUCUACAACCACCAUUACUUCUACUUCAUCGAGUGGCAGCACAACCUUCACGGCGACGGUGACUACCACAACAGCCAGCUUUAGCAUGACGUUGUCCACAACAGCCAGCUCUACCACGACGUUGUCAACCCUGACCACAUCUACCACACGAUCCCAAACCACCACAACCACGUCCCUAACAACGACGAGUUCAAGUGCGACCACCUUGUCGACCACUUCGUCCAUGUCCAGCACGUCGACCCUCACCUCAAUCACCGCAAGCAGCACAAGAACUGCAACCACUCUAUCCACCACGGCCACCCAGUCAACUUCCACCUCGUCGACCCAGACGACCACGACAUCACACUCUUCCACAACCACACGAACUCCCCAGCCGAACACCACCACGACUUCCUCCACACUAGUGCGGAACGUGGUCGUCCCUCCACGCGUGGCGUGGAGCCCUCAUGGGCAGAUUGUGGUCCAAUCGCUUCAGAGCACCCUUUUGUUUGUUUCCGAGAGUGAAGACAUGUAUAGGACCUCUACAACUCUCGGCAACGUUUCGGCGGUGAAGCUCCCAAAGGAAGCUCCUGCGUCGCAGAUGGUGCUCGAAGCGGGCGAUGCCAUUUCCCCGAUCAAAGUCGUCCUGCCAGAGGCCUUGCUGCGGAGCUUCGCCGGAAGCGGAAACACCAUCAUGGUCGUCACGGAAGUGGCACCAGAGGAAACACACAAGUUCAAUCAAGUAACCACAGCUGGUGAGAUGGUCCUACUAAACUCUCCCGUGACGGAGCUGUCUUUCGCCAAUGAACGAAAUGGAGGCUUGACCCUGCUGGCCGUCAAUGGGACGGACAGCAUCGUGUUCAUGCUCGCGAAUCGCCCGGCAUUGCCCGGUGAGAGGUGUGCGUUUUAUGACUUGGACCUGAACGCGUGGUCCGUCGCUGGCACAGAGCUACUCCCUAGCUUUGAGGUGGACGGAGAGAUCGUCAAUGCAUCCUGGUGCCAGACUACGCACACGUCACUGUUCGGGCUGGUGCAGAGCAUACCAUGGGAGACCGCCAUGGAGAUGGCGGAACUGCGUGUGGAUGCGCAGAGCUACACGGCCGGGAUCGUUCUGGUCGUCUCUUUCCUUUGCUUGUGCUGCUCAUUGCUCUGCCCCUUCCUUAGCCGCCGCAUUCGCGCGCCGACUUCGGGUCACGUGACUCUGAAGAACCGUCACGGCAAGGAACGCCGCGUGUUCUUCGAGCGCGAGGAUGCCAACCUGGAGGAUACGGCACAGAAGGUCCUGGUGAAGUGGCAGAUGGAGGAUCGGAGCACCAUGGAAGAUUUGAGCAACUUGCGCGCAUCUUCCCGACAUGUCGUGGUGGACUUGAACCUGCUCUCUCCUCCUCGCAAAGUGAACUCCUUGGACUCGCGCGUUGGGUCGAUGCAGUCCAAUGACGUCAGCCCAACACACACAGGUGUCCAAGCGGAACAAAGACAGGUUGACAAGAACGACAUCCAAGACUCAGAUGGAAAACAGUCCUUGGGCUGGGAUGCUUUUCACAACUCAGCGGAUUCAGCUGAAGUAGUUUGCGCUGGCCUGGACGAUGAAUAUCCAGCGGAGGCCGAUGAUUUGGUCUCUGCUGGCUUGGACGACUUGUACCCGAUGGAGACCGAUUCCAUCGUGUCUGCAGGCUUGGAUGACGACUUGUCUGUUGUGCUAUCAAUCGCGCCCAUCGAGGCGUAUGAAGAUGGCGAAUGGGUUCUGUAUUUCUCCUCGACCCAUUCCUGCUUGGUGCCCGCAAGAAUCCUGGGUUCUGGCUUCUUCUUGACGGACGAUCCAGGUGAGCUGCCCUUAUACAGAUGUCGCGUGGGCACCGGCCAAAUGCGCGAGCAUGUUCCGCUGCGUGCCCUCCGCACCACUCUCGAAGCUGGUGACAGUGUCGAAAUGUAUUCUGCCAAGCACAAAGCCUGGAAGCCAGCGAUGGUCUUGAAGUCGCCGCCACUCCAACGGGCUCCCCAUCGGGCAAUGUUCCAGGUCAUGACUGAGGACACCUUCGACCGCUUCGAGCUCCCUUUGAGCUCUUUGCGUCGACGCUUCGCGGCGGGCAUGGCCGUUGAGGUCUACCUUGGUCGCAGCACUGGCUGGAGUCCCGCGGUGGUGGUCAACACAGCGGUCGAAGUUCCCAUGACCACAGCCCUCUCGGAGCUCUCCAUGACGCACGUGGCCUCGGCAGCCUCUGUGGAGACCGGGGCCCUUAAAGACUUGGAUAGCAUGGUUCGCAUCGGUUUCCCCGACUCCGCCCAGGAAGUGGAAGUCCCAUCCUCUCAGUUGCGAAGCUGUCGUCAGACAAAGCUGUAG